AAUGAGUUUCGUCGUCUAUGGCUUCAGUUUACUCCUCGGAAAAGGUAGCUUUUCGCAUCUUAUUUUUGUGAUGCUCAUCCUAAUAUAAUAUAUACUUUGUUGUUUGUUUAUUUACUUUAUAUUAUUUUGACUAUUUCAAAAAUGCCCUGCUACACCUACUAAUAAAUUACAUAUUGAUUACCCUUUCUUCCUCCUUCAGCUUGGGAAAAACUUGUAACUAAAUCCACUUCGCUUUUUACCGUAUCUCCGUUUUUACAACAAACACGAAGUUUGAAAUUUAGUAGUUUAAAAAAAAAAAAAAAAAAAACAAAAAAAUUCCAAGAGCUCCUUCCUCUCCUAGAAGCAUAAUAAAACAGUAUGACAACGUUCGAGUUCUAGGAAUUCUAAUCAGUUAAGGAUUUAGUUAGUUCGUUUAGAAACUAAAUUGGCUCAUUGUUAGUUAGUUCGCAUAUAAAUACAUUCAAACUGUGCAAUCACUCCGUCAAAUCAAGCAAAUAAUAUCGCUUAGUUGCAAUUUAAGAAAGAAACCGCAGCGAAACAGAAGAUGAUCCAGGACGACAACGACGUUUUGGAGCCGCCGAUCAAUUUCUCGACGGUGGACGAGGGCAUUUUCAGAUCGGGCUUCCCUCAGCCGCCCAAUUUCCCAUUCCUCAAAACCCUUCAACUCCGAUCCAUCAUAUAUCUGUGCCCCGAGCCCUACCCGGAGGAGAAUCUGGAGUUUCUUCGGUCUCAAAACAUCCAGCUGUUCCAAUUCGGAAUCGAGGGGAAGAAGAAGGCUUCUUCUUCGGCUGCAUCGUCGAUCCCCAAGCAGACGAUCUUGGAGGCUCUGAAGGUGUUGAUCGACGUGAGGAACCAUCCGGUGUUGAUCCACUGCAAACGUGGCAAGCAUCGGACGGGUUGUCUCGUGGGUGUGCUGAGGAAAUUUCAGAAUUGGUGCUUGGCUUCGGUGUUUGAGGAGUACCAGAGAUUCGCGGGCGCGAAAUCUAGGACGACCGAUUUGAGAUUUAUUGAGACGUUUGACGUGGUGGGGCUGAGGGACUGCCUGUACGGCAUCAUCCACCAUUACUAUCGACUAGCCUACUACGCUUCCAAGAAGAGGCGCUUGUUAUUGUACACACAAGCACAACAAGACAUGCAAACCUAUCGACAUUAUAAACCCUAA